AGAGUAUGGAGGCAGUGGUGUGUGUCUGUGUGUGUGAUGUCUGACUUGUUCGGUUCCAUGCGGCGGUGUAGAGAGGGCCAAGUGGGCCCAAAAGAGAAGUGGUGGUGACAGGCCUCGCGAAAAGGGCGGCUGGUGUACCAAGAUGUAUAUAUAAAGACUUGCAGCAGCGUUGGGUUUUCGCCGGUCGAGCUCCUUCGUAAUUUUGUUCAAGCGUUGAAAUGGACUUUACACAACAAGAAAGACCCAUAGAAUUGGUGUGGAUUGCUUAGCCACUGAGCUACUGCCGCAGAUUUCGGCUGACAGGUGUAUUUCUUCCAAUGCAACACAGCACUUGCGGCCAGACUUUGUCAUUUGCCAUGGACACUCCAGCACCUGGUGGCAUUCCCGCGAGUGAUGGAGCACCCGAGCUGUGCAGGAACUUUGUCUACCGGGGCCGUUGUGGCUAUGCCUCUUGCUGCUUUUUGCACGACGAGUCUGCGAGGCAGCAAGCCAGGGGGACACCAAUGCAGCUUCCAAGCAAGUCGUUGAGAAGUAGUGGCGUUUCGGAUGAGACGGAGAACGCAGAGGCGCGUGAGGUCUUCACAGCACCACAAAGACGCCCCGCCAGCAUUCGCUACUUGUUCGAGGGGCAGUCGGUGCACAGCAACCCGUAUUUGAAGGAGUUUGCUGGAGCACCCUGGUUGGCACGGCUUCUGGAAGCGCCAGAAUGUGCCCGACUCUUCAAUGUUCAAGGAAAGCGCCUGAGGAAGGAACUCACUGAGGCCUUUGGCUUGCUGCACGCUUGCAAUAGAGCACUCAAGAAGUUGGCUGCUGGACAGACAGUCGCCAGUCAAGGAGGAAAAGGUGUCACGAUCGUCGACCUUUGUUGCGGCAAGGGAUUUGGUAGCCUGGUCCUUGCUUGCUCUUUUCCAAGCGCAGAAGUUCUAGCGGUCGACCGCAAUGCACACAUGGACCUUUCUCAUUUCAAAGCCUGCCCAAACUUGCGGUUUCAACACCUCAACAUGGAGUCUUCCAGCCUCGCCGCUGAUUUGGCAGCAUGGCUUAGCACGUUAAUGCACCUCUAAAUUUCCUUGUCCAUCAGAUAAAACUAGACCAUAAGAACAGCAUGCUUUUUACUAGUCCUGCAGAACUUCACACAUUCCUGUUUGAAUAGCUCAAUACUCUAUCCAUUGCACAGCUAUUCAUUAUUAAUGGUUUGGUUCAAUAUGGCUUAAUGUCGGCUUGUUUUUUUUUGUCAUGGUCUCAUGAGUCUCAUGCCCAGGUCAGCAAUUAGUACCGUCCUACUUAGGAAAGCAUUCUGGGCGCCAAAAAGUCUGCGCUGGUCCUGCUUGUUGGCGUUCACCUUUGCGGAAUGCUGUCUGUGCAUGCUGCACGCCUCUUCAAGGAGGUGGUUCCGCCGGCCGCUUUGGUACUGGCGCCAUGCUGUUUGGACAAGCGUCUUCCAGGCGUGAAGCUUCGUGCAAAGCGCCUUCAAAUUGAUCCGUUCACCUACUGGUGCCUCAAACUGCUGAUAGAGGAGCUUCCAGAUUGCCGGCGAGAGCUGCUUCAAGAUGAUGAUGUUUUGUCAGAACGAAAUUCCUUCAUUCUGGGCGUCAAGGCAGAACAAGCUCAGACAGCUGUCACCUAAUCUCAAUUCUUACAGUGUGCUGGGUGGCUGCAAUGGCGAAGAAGUGCAUGGCGAAGAUUACUGAUCGGAGACUCCAUCCUGAUGCUGUGGCCUGUGCCGGACAGCACUUUUGAAGAUCGUCAAGGCUGCAUCUUCGUACCUCUUGCAGAGACAGGACCAUGAAAACUGCCGAACGGCUCCGCUGAAAAACCUGCAAAGUGACAGGGUCACCAGACAAGGGUAUGGCGGCUUGCAGAGCCAGAAUGCCAGAGGUAUGGACAAGUGAAGAGUGUACAGAAUUUGACGGGAUGCCAGAGUUCGACAUGCUAGAUAUGCUUGCCUUCAAUGGAGCUGUGCAGGGGUGAC